UUAUGCAUUUCAAUCCCUUUUUUUCCAGAUGAAGUCAUUGACAAACAUGUUGAACUAAAAAAAGUUAGUUCAAAAACCUGCCGACAAAAUAAUAAUAAUAAUCAUAAUAAUAAUAAUAAGAGGAAACCAUGCUCACUUUUAAUUGAACAAAGUUAUCCUACAUCAGUAUCUUCAUAUCACAUCAAAAAGGAUUUGGUGGCUCCCAAUCAAAAAUGUAAAUCCAUCUUCACUCCUAUGUUUUUAUCAUUUGAAAUUCAGUCACCAGAUGAAUCAAUAAUCAGAAUGUUUUUGGUAAUAAUAUAUGCCAAAAAUCAGCAUAUCAAAUAUAAUGAUUCCAUUCUAUUGUAAAAGCAAAGCAGACAUGUUUUUUUUAAUCUUCAAGCAUCAGUAGCUUUGCUCCAAAGCCACGCCAAUAAGACAAAGUGCAUAAUGUUUCAUCACUUUCAGCUCAAGAUACAUACCUUCAGACUCAAUUAUCAGGGGGUGGCUCUCAGCCUUAUGAUUGCUACAAGCAAUGGUCAACUGCAAAGACUAACUGAUUUAGUAUUCUAAACCUUGCAGAAAAGUUUGAUCUCCGCAGAACAACUCAAAUACAAAAGAAAGAAACAAAAUGUUUGAUAAGGUCAGGCUAGCUAGUCAGUCUUUAGAAUAAUGUUAUCAGGAAAUUCAGAAAGAAAACAUUUCUAGAAAUAUAAAAAAAAUAAAAAUAAAAAUUAGGCAUCAGCAAACCAAUAAUUAUCAUGAGCCUAACCAAUAAUUAAGGCAUUCAAUAUAAAGUAACUCAGAAGUCACUUCCAAAAUUGUAGCCUGGAACUUUAUGAUUGGAAUAGCACUGCAAUAAUUACAGGCAUCCACAUUCCAAAAGCAUGAUUAUACAUCAUCAUGACUGUAACCAUAUAAAAUGGCCAAUUGCAAUGCACAUCUCUUGCUUCACACAGUUCUCCAAUAUGAAGAAUCUUGAUGGGAAGAACACACAACAAAACAGUUCCAGAAAGUUACUCCUACUAGCACUCAUUCUAGUGCUUCUCACCAUAAUCCCUCUGUGUAUGCUGACAAGUUCACAUUUGCCACAAUCAUCUCCAAACAUCAACAGGAGUAGCUUGAAAAGAAUAAAAUCAGAGAAGCAAUGUGAUGUAUAUAGUGGAAAAUGGGUUCCCUAUCCAAAAGGGCCUUACUACACAAAUGCAACUUGCCAUCUGAUAAUUGAUCAGCAAAACUGCAUGAAGUCUGGAAGGCAAGACACAGAAUUUAUGAAAUGGAGAUGGAAACCAUAUGAAUGUGAGUUAUCUCUCUUUGAUGCUAACCAGUUCUUGGAGCUCGUCAGAGGGAAGUCGAUGGCCUUCGUUGGGGACUCUGUAGGAAGGAACCAAAUGCAGUCCUUGUUGUGCCUCUUAGGUAAAGUUGUCUAUCCUCAGGAUCUCUCUUAUAAAUACACAUCAGACACAAAUUCCAAGCACUAUUUUUAUGCUGAUUAUAAAUUCAACCUAGCAACACUCUGGUCACCAUUCUUGGUUAAAACCGCCGAUGCAGAUCCCAGUGGUCAUUCCUUUAACAGCCUGAUGAACCUUUAUUUAGACGAAGCCGAUGAGGCAUGGGUAAGUCAGAUUGAAAGAUUUGAUUAUGUGAUCAUCUCAGCAGGGCAAUGGUUCUUUCGCCCUCUGGUAUACUACAAAAAUAGAAAGGUUGUAGGGUGUCAUAUCUGUCAUAACAAGAACAUAACAGCUGUUUCGAAAUACUAUGGCUAUAAGAUGGCCUUUCGUACUGCCUUUCAAACCCUUAUUAGACUUCGGAACUACAAAGGAAUCACAAUUUUAAGGACAUUUUCACCAGCACACUUUGAGAAUGGGGCAUGGAAUGAAGGAGGGAAUUGCGCAAGGACAAGGCCCUUUACAAGCCAAGAAAUGAAGUUAGAUGGGUAUAUUUUAGAUUUCUACUUGACACAAGUUGAGGAACUAAGGAAAGCUGAGAAACAAGCGAGGAGGAAAGGUUUGAAAUUUACUUCACUUAAUACUACUGAAGCUAUGUUGCUUAGACCAGAUGGGCAUCCAAAUCAUUCCGGACGCUCACCGCAUGGGAAUUCGUCAGCAGCCGACUGUGUCCACUGGUGUUUACCAGGCCCCAUUGACACAUGGAAUGAGUUUCUGUUUUAUGUACUGAAGCAGGAAGGAUAGCAUUCUAUAGAAAGUUAGAAACCCAAGGGAAUGCGUAUAAACUGGGAAAUACGGAGUGAUUCAUGCUGCCAUUUCUUUUUAAAUAUUUAUUCUUUAUAAUGAAAUGACAUUAUAUAUAACUUCUAGCAAAUGAUUUAUUACGCACAAACAGCACAAUAAGGUUAAAUGAAUAUCAAUGACUUUUAUAAAACGUAGAUUCAAAUUGGAAUACUUGUAAACCAAAAGCAACUCCAACAAAGAACACUAUGCAUAUGAGAUAUACAAGUUCACAACAUAAAAGACAUCUGACUAUAAAAAUCAUGUCCAUCCCAUCUAUGCCUUCUAGAUUUUUUAUUUUUUUUUUGAAUAUUGAAUUGCCUGGAAUCAUCACAGCAUGAGGGCACAAGUCUGCAUUCUUUUUCUGUAGGUGCAAAAGGUGGUAAAAACUCUUUUUCCUCCAUUGCAAAGCUGCCUAGGAUGUUAAUCAGCAUACCGUCAAUAGAUGAAGUAGGCUCUUCCCAAAUUCGUAACUUCCAAUAAUUUAGAAAGCAAGCUUUUUGUCAAUAUUUGUUGGUCCCCAUAUUUGGCUUUCUUGGUUUGUAGUUACUAUUUAAGCAUUACUUUGCAUUCGAAUAGUUUGUUCUCAGUUUGGUUUGGUUUGGUUAUAUAUAUGCAUGUGUAUAUAUAAAGCUCAAGUAUUUUUCAGUAUCCUUGUAAUUCCUAGACUGAUGCACAGAGCUAGCGGUUUCACAUUAACUCCGUUAACUACCUAGCCAAAC